AUGACGGAUUCUUCCUCCUUUGCCUUCUCUGGGUGUGAGAUGAAACUCCGCAGAGAAACCCCAUCCCUGCUGCAGACCGGCUUGACGGUGGGCUGCUGCCCGGCCACACGUGAUGAGGUGGGAGAUUUUCCUUGCGGAGAGGAGCCUCCUGCCAGGCAGUGUGAGAGUGGGACAACCUGCAGGGAGUACUGGCAAGGACCCAACUACGGGAUCACUAACUUUGACAAUAUCCUCUUUGCUGUGCUCACCGUCUUCCAGUGCAUCACCAUGGAGGGAUGGACAGACAUCCUCUACAAUACAAAUGAUGCUGCAGGAAAUACCUGGAACUGGCUUUACUUCAUCCCUCUCAUCAUCAUUGGCUCUUUCUUCAUGCUCAACUUGGUGCUGGGCGUCUUAUCAGGUGAAUUUGCCAAAGAACGAGAGAGGGUAGAGAAUCGUCGAGCUUUCCUGAAACUCCGUAGGCAGCAGCAAAUUGAACGGGAACUAAACGGAUACUUGGAGUGGAUCUUCAAAGCAGAGGAGGUCAUGCUGGCAGAGGAAGACAAGAAUGCAGAAGAGAAAUCUCCUCUGGACGUGUUGAAAAGAGCUGCAAUAAAGAAGAGCAAAAAUGACCUGAUUCAUGCUGAAGAAGGUGAGGACCAUUUCACAGACAUUUGCUCCGUUGGGUCUCCUUUUGCUCGUGCCAGUUUGAAGAGUGGGAAGAACGAGAGCUCGUCCUACUUCAGGAGGAAAGAGAAAAUGUUCCGGUUCUUCAUUCGGCGCAUGGUGAAAGCUCAGAGCUUCUACUGGAUCGUCCUCUGCGUGGUCGCCCUCAACACGCUCUGCGUCGCGAUGGUGCACUACGAUCAGCCGGAGAAGCUCACCACUGCGUUGUAUUUCGCAGAGUUUGUUUUUCUGGGUCUGUUCCUUACUGAGAUGUCUUUGAAGAUGUAUGGACUGGGGCCAAGAAAUUACUUCCACUCUUCAUUCAACUGCUUUGACUUUGGG